GGAGGAGAGAAAGGGAAGAAAGACACAGGAUAGAGGGAUAAAGGUUGAUAAGGCUGCACCAGAGAGCUGGUUACAGUGGAGAGAAAGAGUGGAGCUGUAUCCUCUCUCAGGUCCCAACGGUGUGAUUCUGCAGCUUCUCUCCCUGCCCCUGACUGACUGACCCAACACAGGAGCUGCAGCUCAGACAUCGCUGGUAGCAGGCCUGUGUGUGUUGACUGAUAAAGAUGAUGUCAUCAGAGCACCUGAGCUGCGGUUGGCUGCAGCAGCUCCUCAUUGUACUUCUGAAGCUUUGCCUCACUUUUGCUGGGCCUUUGCGACCAGUCAAUGGGACCGAAUGUACAGCCAGGGGCCCUGCUUCCUACAUCCUGGUCUUUACAGGUCACUGGACCCCACAAGCCUUCCCCAAGCAGUAUCCUCUGUUCCGGCCCCCUGCGCAGUGGUCCAAACUCAUAGCGGUCAGCCAUAAUCGCCAUUUUCGGCUGUGGGAGGAGGGUGCUCCAGCCAGUGCAGGGGUGCAGAACUUUGCUGAAAUCGGGGUGACGGUUGAACUGAUGAAGGCGGCAAAGGAGGCCAGAAAGAGGCGUGCGGUCGGCACCAUGUACCGAACUGCCGGCAUCCCUAACGGCAUUGGGCACAGCUCCACCGAGUUGCUCAUUCAGCCUCGAAACUCACUGUUAUCCCUGAUGGUGAAGAUCAUCCCCAGCCCUGACUGGUUUGUCGGUGUGGACAGCCUUAACCUAUGCGAAGGCAGCCAGUGGAAACAUGAAGUGACUGUUGACCUCCAGCCUUAUGAUGCAGGGACCGACAGUGGAUUUACUUUCUCUUCUCCAAACUUUCCCACCAGCCCCCAAGAAAAUAUCACAAAGAUCACAUCUGAGUUGCCCAACCAUCCAGCCAACUCCUUUUAUUAUCCACGUUUAAAGGACCUUCCACCUAUAGCCAGCAUAAGGAUCAUGCGCCAGAGCAGAUCAUCUGACCGUCAAACCCCAAUGUCCAAUCAUAUUCUGCCAAACUCUAUCAUUCCCCAGCGCUUCUCGGCUACACCAUUGGACUGUGAAGUGUCUCUCUGGUCAUCAUGGGGCUUGUGUCUCGGUUCCUGCUCCAGAGGUGGUAUCCGCCACCGCACACGUUACAUCCUCUUGCGGCCGGCCAAUGCUGGCGUCCCCUGCCCUGAGCUGGAGGAACAGACUGAAUGUGUAUCACAGAGCUGUAUGAGACUCCAGUAACACACAAGCAUGGAUAAUGCCAGUACUCAACACUGGGACUCUCACAUUAUGACUGCUGGACUGAAAAAUAUUGCUGCAAUCUUGAGCAUUUCCUUGUUAAUGCAAAGAUGUUUGUCACAGUUAAAUUGUGGAAGUGAAAGACUUGCUGCUCAUUAGUAUUAGAGCUCCUCUGGGUGUGUUUUAAUGGCAAUAAAAGGAAAUUGAAGUCUGAGUGUAGUAGAGCCUUGGAAGGUUAUGUUUGAGAUAACACUUCAAAUGUGAUCAGAUAAAAAGUUACUUCCAUAAAUAGUUGUGAUUCAAAUUGAACAUUUUAGAGCCCCAAAUGUCCCCCCUCAAAGACCUGUUUGAGACUUAUUGUGGUUUGUCCUUAACAAUUUUGCAUUUAAUCUGUACACUGAUACUGGCACACCAGAGUCACACUCUUACAUGUAUGCACACAAAGGUCUUUGCACAUACUGCAUACUUUAGAGGCACGGAGGCAUACGUUAUGUUAGAGAACCUACACAUGCUUGGUGCAUGCAGCUCUUUCAAAAUAACCUCACACCCAGGUUUUUAAAUAUCACCCUUUAGAAGAAACUCAUUAUGGCUGACUUGAAGCUUUGAGCUAGUCCAAAGAAGCUGGCGUAUUUUUUAUUGUUUUAUGAUGCUUUUUUAAGAAAAGUUUUUAUAGAAAGAAAAAUAUUUGUAUUAUCAUCUCUUUUGAUAUUUUAAUGUUGAGAUUUUGUAUAUACUGUAUGAUGUAUCUCUACUUGUAUAAUUGGUGAAUAAAUAUGGAAGUGUGUUUUUCACAUAAACAAUUCCAUGUUA